UUUAUUUGCGCUCGAACAGUGAACGUGGUAGCACAGACAGCUCAGAGACGGCGAAGAAAAGCGAAAAGCGAAUAUAACAACAGCAUAGUGGUUCCGUGGUUCGUGUCCAGGCUGAACCCAAAAUAGAAAUUCGAAAAGGAAACUUUGGAGCGGUUUAAUUUAAACUAAUUUAAUUGAAAAUACCUCGCCGUAAAAUCGAGUUAUUGUUCGACGCGCUUUCCCAUUUCGGUACGCCGGAGAAGAAAUAAUUGGUAAUUGCCAUUGAGAGACGAGUACAGUCCAAGCCAGUGCGAGGAAGGAAAAAUAUUCGUUCGAGUGAAAUUGAAAUUGAUUUGACAAAACUUCAUCGGUUGCGGCAUUUCCCCCCUGCCCCCUACUAUACAAGCCCGACAAUUGUGCAACCUCAAGACUCUUAACCUUAACAAUUACCAUUUGGCCACAAAAGCUAUUGGCACAAUUCAGUUUGAUUCAAGUGCCCCUUUUACUUUUUCUCUGACGAAAACCAAAAAUCCAACAAAUCAAAAAACUCUGUUCGAAAACGAAAGCAAAACAAAAGUUUGAUUGAAGCGCCAACCAACCACCAACCACAAACUUCCCCCCACCCACACGCCUUGCUAAACUCGAGUGGCAGCCCGCCUCCCAAUCGGUCCACAGAAGACAACGAAAUGGUUGAGAAAACAGAAAUGUCGAAAUUCGUUGGCGUCGCUGACAUAACCGAAAACAAGAAAAUCUGGCGCAUGCUGCUCGGUGAGCUGGUGGGCACAUUUUUCUUGGUAUUCGUCGGCGUUGGCAGCACAACGAGCGGAAGUGUACCACAGAUUGCAUUCACCUUUGGCUUGACAGUGGCCACACUGGCCCAGGGCUUGGGCCACCUCAGUGGCUGUCACAUCAAUCCGGCGGUGACCUUGGGCUUCCUGAUUGUCGGCGAGAUCAGCAUCCUGAAGGCUGCCUUCUACAUCAUUGUCCAGUGCGUGGGCGCCAUUGCGGGCGCUGCUGUCAUUCGGGUGGCCCUCAGAGGCAUCGUGGGCAGCGGCCUGGGCGUCUCCUCGUUCGAUCCGGCCCUGGAUGUGGGCCAGGCAGUGCUCAUUGAGGCUCUGAUCACCUUUAUUCUGGUGUUUGUGGUCAAGGCUGUGUCGGAUCCGGGGCGCCAGGACAUCAAGGGCUCGGCGCCGCUGGCCGUGGGCCUGUCGAUUGCCGCCGGACAUUUGUGCGCGAUCAAGUUGAGCGGCGCCAGCAUGAAUCCGGCCCGCUCCUUUGGCCCAGCCGUUGUGCAGGGCAUGUGGACCGAUCACUGGGUCUAUUGGGUGGGCCCCAUUGCCGGCGGCCUGCUGGCGGGCGUCCUCUACCGGCUCAUCUUCAAGGUGCGCAAGGGCGACGAUGAGGCCAACUCGUAUGACUUCUAAGACCAGAGGCCGGAACAUCCCCAUUUCAAAUAUUGUUGUAAAUGUUUUGCACCCGCUUAGAGCUAACAGUUUCCGCCCCAGUUUGCCUGCUUUACCAAUUUGCAAUCCAUUUCUCAUUCAUCCCCCAACGAACGCAUCGAAUUCGAUUCACAAAAUUCUCCUAGAUUAGGCUCCGCCCCCAUCACCCCUACCCACAAUUGUGCAAUUUUAUUUGUUAAAAAAAUGAAAA